AUGCAAAUGCAAACAGAGCUCGCAGCUGGCGACAGCAGCUCGCAGCUGGCAAACGAAGCAUACGUCGUCAUCACCCCCCACCACGCCUUUUCGAAUCCGUGGCUGAUCCUCGACCUCAAUCGGGCUUGCGUGGCUUCUGCAGACUCGAAGCUACCCGAAAAAAUGCUGAACUCGCGUCGCGCCGUUAUCGCGGCGGCAUUUCUGCUGACCGUCUUCUUCUUCGUAUCUCUGUCGCAUCGAUCGUCAGCCUCGUCGAGCACAUUCGCUGCCGCAACAACGGCCACAGCCGCCACCGGCGGAGUCGCCUCGACAGACGCCGCCACACGGCCAGGUAGCCGUACCACCGCUCAGAAACCAUUGAUUGACAUGUCCCACAUGUCAACUAUCGACAAGCUCUCUUACACCUAUCCGUACGAUGUCGAGAGAAAAUUUCCCGCUUACAUCUGGCAAACCUGGAAGCACACGCCUGCCGACGGCGAGUUCCAAUUCCGUGAUCAAGAGGCUUCAUGGACCGUUCUGCAUCCCGGAUUUGUCCACGAAGUCAUCACCGACUCGGUUGCCCUCAGCCUGUUGCGCAUGCUCUAUGCGUCUGUCCCCGAAGUCCUUGCGGCGUACGAGGCCCUUCCCCUACCUGUUCUCAAGGCAGACUUCUUCCGUUACCUCAUCCUUUUUGCCCGCGGUGGCAUUUACUCUGACAUCGAUACAUAUGCUCUUCAGAGCGCCGACCUGUGGAUUCCAAAGGCCAUCCCCCGCGAGAGUGUCGGGUUGGUGAUUGGCAUCGAGGCCGAUCCGGAUCGCGAGGACUGGGCUGAUUGGUACAGCCGCCGCAUUCAGUUCUGUCAGUGGACCAUUCAGAGUAAACCUGGCCACCCUGUUCUGCGUGAGACUAUCACACGCAUUACCAAUGCUACACUUACCCUCAAGGCAAAUGGCAAGCUCAGCAGCAUGCACGGCAGCGAAGGCGUCGUCGACCUGACGGGCCCUGCCAUCUGGACCGACACUAUCAUGGACUAUUUCAAUGAUGCUCGAUUCUUCGACAUGACGGCAACUCAAGGCAAGAUCGACUUUCACAACUUUACUGGCAUGGAGGCCAGCAAGCGCGUCGGCGACGUAGUCGUACUUCCCAUCACUGGCUUUUCUCCAGGUGUCGGUCAGAUGGGUGCCAAGGAUUACGACGACCCAAUGGCGUUUGUUAAGCAUGAUUUCGAGGGAACUUGGAAGCCAGAAAGCGAGCGACACAUUGGCGAAGUGCAGGACUCAUAG